GAGUGUGGGCUCGGCUAGCAAGCUUGAGGGGCUCGUUUCCGCCCCGCUACCGGGCGGGGGCGGCCAUCUUAGACGCGUGCAAUUAAGGGCUUUGGUGGGAUUGGCUCAGCGUUUGGGCUGGUCCGCUGCUCCCCACCUACCAGGGUCGGAUCCGGAGCCCUUCCCCGCGGGGCGGGGACCUCCAAACAACCGACUCCUUUCCAGGUGAAGGGUGACUUGGGUACGUUGGGGCUUUGAGCGAGCCUCCCCCCAUCCUCCCAUAGGACCCCAGGACAGACCCUGCGUCCUCGCUGACCCGCCCUAGGCUGAAGAAACACUUAAAUUCUGGAAAUAGCGACUCAGUAUCAUGGCCAGCAGCCUUAAUGAAGAUCCAGAAGGAAGCAGAAUCACUUAUGUGAAAGGAGACCUUUUUGCAUGCCCUAAAACAGACUCUUUAGCCCACUGUAUCAGUGAGGAUUGUCGCAUGGGCGCUGGGAUAGCUGUCCUCUUCAAGAAGAAAUUUGGAGGGGUGCAAGAACUUUUAAAUCAACAAAAGAAAUCUGGAGAAGUGGCUGUUCUGAAGAGAGAUGGGCGAUAUAUAUAUUACUUGAUUACAAAGAAAAGGGCUUCGCACAAGCCAACUUAUGAAAACUUACAGAAGAGUUUAGAGGCAAUGAAGUCUCAUUGUCUGAAGAAUGGAGUCACCGACCUCUCCAUGCCCAGGAUUGGAUGUGGUCUUGAUCGUCUGCAAUGGGAAAAUGUAUCUGCGAUGAUCGAGGAAGUAUUUGAGGCAACAGACAUCAAAAUUACUGUGUACACACUCUGAACCAGUGAACGUUUUGGAUGUUUCCGUGUUCUCCUGUGUCAUCUCUACUGGGCCAUAGGACUGGGCAAACCUACCGUAAAAUAGGCAGAGGAAAGUUUCAUGAGAAGUAGUGUGUUUAACAAGACAGACUUUGGUUGCUGUAUUCAAGUAUUUGGACUAUGACUGUGGAGGAGGGGUUGCUUAGGAUAUGUUGCUGUGUUUUUUUUGAAGAAAAGUAAGGAGUAGGUGGCUUGAUAAUAGGCAGGGAAACCAGAUUGUUGGGACUAUGACCUUCUUCUCCAGUAUGCUUCCUGAUUUGUUUGGCUGGCCGCUAGGUGGCAGCAUUGGUUCUACUUCUCUGCUUUUUAAGAGAAAUUUCAGGAAGGAUGAUCAGUUAGUUUGGCAUUUUUUGUCGUUUGUGCACCUAACUUGGUGUUAUCCUUAUGUCAUUAGAUUCCUCCUAGGGGAGAGUUUUUGUUUUAAUUACAAAGUUAAAUUCUACAUUGUUAAGAAAUUUGUGGUGAUAAAAAUGGAAAAAUAAAUAUUUGGGGGGGUUUAGUGAG